CAAACCAGCACAUGACUGGCUAAAUAAGACUACAACAGCAGGCUAGCUAGCUGGUUUAUUAUUUCUAGUUAGAAAUCUAAUAAUCCGCCGCGUUGCCCUUGAAAUUGGCACUUUGUCAUUGUCCGGCUAGAGAAAAUAUUGUUGUAAAGGCACUUAAUAAAAUGAGAAUGUGCAGUGUUGUUGUGAUGCUUAUUUCGAGUCUAUUCAUCGGUGUGUUGGGAAGCAGGUAUUCCAAAGAAAUGAAUGAGCCCAAGCCUUCUGGUAAGAGCCCAGUGGAAUUCAGAAUUGCGAAAUUGAAUCAAGUUUGGGAAAAAGCUAUCAGGAUGCAGCUGCCCCCGGUGAGGCAGUCGGAGCUGCACAGCGACCUGAAGAUCCAGGAGAAGGACGAGCUGCAGUGGAAGAAGCUGAAGGCCGAGGGCCUGGACGAGGAGGGCGAGAAGGAGGCCGCGCUGCGCCGCAGGUUCAACGUGAUUCUGGCCAAGUAUGGAAUGGACGGAAAGAAGGACACCCGGGGGUUGGAAAGCAAUUCCCUAAAGGACCAUGACAUCAACGAAGGGGACAUGUUUGAGGACCCCAGGCUGGACAAACUGUGGAACAAGGCCAAAAGUUCCGGAAAGUUCUCUGAGGAAGAGCUGCUGAGCCUUAAGCGGGAGUUCCAGCACCACAAGGAGAAGAUCCAGGAGUACAACAUUAUGAUGGACACGGUCAGCAGGACCGAAGAAAUCCACAAGAACGAGAUCUCCCCCUUGGAGGGCGACACCAAGGAGCACGUGCUCCACCGGAAGCACACAGAGCUGAAGGACAAGAUGAGGAACCUGAACCAGGGCUUCGAGCGGCUACGCAAGCUGAGUCACGAGGGCUUCAGUGCGGACAGUGAGUUUAGAGAACCGAGAGUCACUGAACUGUGGGAAAUGGCUCGGAGGGCCAACCUGAGCGAUGGCGAGCUGGAUUCUCUCAAGGAGGAGCUGAAGCAUUUUGAGACCAAGGUGGAGAAACACCAGCACUACCAGGAGCAGCUGGACCUGUCCCAUCAGAAGCUGAAGCAUGUGGAGUCUCUGGGGGACAAAGACCACAUCUACAGGACCAAGGAGAAGUACAACAGCCUGGCCGAGAAGACUCGGGAGAUGGGCUAUAAGAUGAAGAAACACAUGCAGGACCUGACCAGUAAGAUUUCACGCAACACGCAUCACAACGAGCUAUGAAGAACCAGUCCGUACCGGCUCUGUGCCCUGCUCCUUGCAGCUUGAGGACUUCAGAUUCAGCCCAUAUUGCCUGUAGGGUCCCGAGAUUUAAAAUAAAUAAAGCUUAUAGUCUCCCAUUAAGACGUCAAAUUUCCUACACGUUUUUAUCAGUAUUGAUCGCAUUUGUACAUUUGUAAUUGAAUUGAAAGGUAAACUUACUGCACUCUUUGAUGUAGCCAAUUAAUGUAUAUACGAUAUAACCAUUUGAAUGAAUUGCUCAGAUGAUUAAGCAUUUGCCCUUUUCAUUUGAUCAAACUGUACCUCAUUUGUAUAUUUUUUUUUUGUUGUAAAAUUUGAAUUAAGAUGGAUCUGCACAUCAUUUUCUCUUGCCCUAGAAUAAUGAAGGCAAUUUCCAUCCAGACAGCUCUCCCUGGGUUGUGCAGCAAUAACAGAAUACAGGUCACCCAGGCCCUGGAAGCGAUAGGCUUUCAUUCGUCUUCUGCAAAGGUGUAAAGUAAUCGCUAUUUUUCAUGGCACCGCAGUACUUCUUGUAGAGUUGGAUGGUUUUGCCUCAAUAAAACUGAAACUUCUAGAUCAUCAUUGUCACAAACCAAAUUAAGUCAGUUAAUCUUGUGUAUAAUUUGCACUGCUUGCAAAGCUCAAAGUUGGCAAAGGUUAUCUGUUUUAGUGACAUUAAUUUUCACUGAUUAGGGGUAGACUUGAAUGUUAAUAAAAAGUGAACAUUUUGGAAACGGUCACCUUUUUCUUGCUGCGGUACAAUAUAGCCGGUUUCAAGUUUAUAUCUUUUAAAUUGUUAGAACAUCCAGCCUUUUCAGUAAUAAAAUGUAAUAACUAUC